AUGGCACGAUAUCUUGAGAUUAAAGAGAACCGAUAGAAAAGUGGAUAUUUUUUGCAAUUAUAAAUAUAAAUAUAAUAAAUCAAUUAGAUGUGCUUUUAUCAUUCUAAGAAUAGAUCAAGUCGAAUAUGGAUGCAGCUUGGUAAAUAUUAAAUUUUUGAUUGUAAAUUUUGCAGGAAUUAACAAAAGUUAAAGAAUUUAUAAUUAUGUGGUAACUUUUCUGUACUUUAUGCAUCAUUAUAAGAAUUCAAUUUUCAUUUACAAAGUAAACUUAUUAGAUUAGAGGAAGAAUCAAAUUUCAUUCAAUGUGAAAAAUGCAAAUAAAAAUUUCACUUAAAAAAAAAAGGAAAUAAAAUAUAUGUUUCCACUUUCAUAUGUAUUCAUUAGAAAGGGAAAAUAAUGCAAUGUAAAUAUUGCAGAAAAUUAGUCAAAAAAAAACAAUAUCAAAGAUGUAAGAAAUGUUAACUCUCUCUCUUUUUUUUUGAUGAAUCUAGACAAGUUAAAUGCCCAAAUUGCAAUAUUGUGUGUUGUGAGCAUUGUAAAGAAGAAAAUCAACUAUUUUAAUAAUAAUUUUGUAAAUGUAAAAUUAUUAAAUCAACCAGAAAUCUAGUUCUCUUUUAAUGUUUAUGUUUUCUGAUUUUAGGUUUGGUGAUGUUGCUUUUUAUAUGCUCUUAUUAUUUAGAACAUAGUGAGUUUUAUUAAUCUAUAGUAUGCACAAUUAAAGAUGGAUAUUUCAAUCAAGAUUGCACUUUGGAAUAAUUUUAUAAAGAUACUUUAAAAUAAUUUUUAUUAUUUAGUGUCUUAAUCUUUAUUAUUACACUUAUAUCAAUUCUUAUUGAGAACAUUCCAUACAUUAUUAAAUUAUAACAUUAAACUAAAAGAAGUAUUUAUUAAUGA